AUGAAAUUAUUUUCAAAUAGCAUUAUUAUAAAAAAUUCGCUAAAAAAUUUAAAUAAUAAUUCGUUAAUUCAAUUUCGAAAGCUACAUAAUAAAUUAAAAGAAUGUUAUAUAGAAAACUUACAAGAUGACGAUAAAGGGAUUUCGAUUAUAAAUUUUGAUAGAUCAACUGCUAAAAAUGCAUUAUCCAGGAGAUUUGUAUCCGAACUUGGCGAAUCAAUUGAUGAAUUAAAACAAGAAAAGAAUUUACGAGUAGUUCUAUUAAGAAGUUUGGAACGUGUAGAGAUGUCAUCAAAUGACGUAAAAUCAUUUUUACAAAACCUUCGUUUUAUAUUUCGAGAGAUCGAAACACUUUCAGUUCCAACUAUUGCUGUUAUUGACGGUGUAGCAUUAGGAGGUGGAUUAGAAUUAGCUUUAUGUUGCGAUAUUAGAGUAGCAGAAACCAAACUUGCUAUAAUUCCAGGUGCUGGCGGGACUCAACGACUAAUAAGAACUAUUGGAAUUUCAAAAGCUAAAGAAUUAAUAUUCACUGGUAAAAUAUUAAAUGCUCAAGAUGCAUUAUCAUACGGAAUUGUAAAUCAUAUAGCAAAGCAGGGAUCAUCAUAUUCUAUUGCCAUGGGUUUAGCAAGGGAUAUGUUAUCAUGUGGCCCUAUUGCAAUUAAAAUGGCAAAAUUGGCUAUUGAUAAUGGUAUUCAAUGUGAUUUGGAAUCUGCAUUGGAUUUUGAACAUUCAUGUUAUGAACAAUUAAUUCCAACAGAAGAUCGAAUUGAAGGUAAAUCGAUUAAACAAAGAAACAAAUUUAUUAUUACUGGUAAUAAUAGAAUUUUUAUGAUUUUAUUUAGGAUUAAGAGCUUUCAAAGAAAAACGAAACCCUAUCUAUAA